CGUGAGUUUGGGGGACGGGGUCGGCAGCGUGGGACCGCCGCUGGCUACCUCCCGCCCGCCGCCGCCGCUAUAAAAGCCCGGUCACGGCGGCUCAGGGUAUCAGUUGGUGAGCGAGACCAGUCCCACAGCGAACUCUGCUAACAUGAAGCUGUUCAUCGUUGCUGCUCUGCUGGCUGUGGCUGCGGCCGACAAGCCUGCCCCCGCGCCCUACCGCCCGGCCCCGGCUCCGUACAAGCCGGCUCCUGCUCCGUACAAGCCGGCUCCUGCCCCGUACAAGCCGGCUCCGGCUCCGUACAACCCUGCCCCGGCCUACAAGCCGGCCCCCUACCACCCGGAGCCCCAGUACAAGGAGGAGGCCAAGCCGUACGCCUUCGACUAUGCCGUGAAGGACGGCUACUCUGGCGCUGACUUCGCUGCCAACGAGAACAGCGACGGCAAGCAGACCACCGGCUACUACAAGGUGGCUCUGCCCGACGGCCGCAUCCAGACCGUCAAGUACACCGCCGACCACUAUGCUGGAUACAACGCCGAGGUCACCUACGAGGGAGAGGCCCAGUACCCCGAGUACAAGCCCGAGUACAAGCCUGCCCCGUACAAGCCCGCCCCUGCCCCUUACAAGCCCGCCCCGGCCCCCUACCGUCCCGCCCCGGCCCCGUACAAGCCCGCCCCCACCCCCGCCUAUAACUAAGCAUUUUCAAAUGCAAGUUCUGUGAACAGCUGUGUUAUUUAUUUCGUGUUAUGCUCAUUGUGUCCUGUUUCUGAGAAUAAAUGUAUUUGUGAUUA